GACCACAAAGCCUUUCGUGCUUACACUUUCCUCCUUAAAUACUUCCCCCUUUACCUAACGUUGUCAGUUGUGCCCAGAACUCCCAGCUGCCCGCUUCUCUCUCCUUUCUGGAAGCCAGUCCCCUUUCCUCCUUUGGCCCCUGCUCCCUGGAGUGUCGGACAAAAUGCUGCGCUGUGGCCUGGCCUGUGAACGCUGUCGGUGGAUCCUACCCCUGCUUCUGCUUAGCGCCCUUGUCUUUGAUAUCAUAGCCCUCUCUGGAAGAGGCUGGCUGGAAUCUGAUGACAAUUCUCAGACUUCUUCCCUCUGGUGGCAAUGUCCAGGUGACACUGGCUUUGGGGGCGCUGGCUCCUCUGAUGAAAACUGCAAGAGCCUUAUGGACUAUGCCUGGGGAAGAGCAGCGGCUGCCACUCUCAUGUGUGGCUGCAUCAUUCUCAUCAUCUGUUUCGUCCUCUCCUUCUUUGCUCUUUGUGGACCACAAAUGCUUGUUUUCCUUCGCGUGAUUGGAGCCCUGCUGGCCCUUGCUGCUGUAUUUCAGAUAAUCUCCCUGGUUAUUUAUCCAGUGAUGUACACCCGGCAGUUCCUCCAAGCUGAUAUUGUUACCAGGUAUUAUUACAACUGGGCUUAUGGCUUUGGCUGGGCAGCUACCAUUAUCCUCAUAGGCUGUGCCUUCUUCUUCUGCUGCCUCCCCAACUAUGAAGAUGAUAUCCUGGGCAAUGCUAAACCUAGGUAUUUCUACACAUCAUCCUAAGAGCUGAGAGUAAAAGCAGAAGAAUAUUGAUACUACUUUGACAACUGGACUCCAGAGACAGAAAGACACUCAUUCCU